UCAGGUUUACUAUUGAGGCUUUCUUUGUUAACCCGUUUUGUUGUGUUUAUGUGGCAAAGUUAUCUGCACAUCCUGUUUUUGUUGUGCAGCAGCGUUAGCAGGCUAACCAGUGUGACCACAGAUGGACAGCUGGCUGGAAAUAAUGCUGUGCCAAACCCCAUUCAACAACCUGGACCCUUUGACAGAAACUUAUGGGAUCCCGUUUUACCUGCAGUACCUUGCUCACUGGCCGGAGUACUUCAUAGUCGCUGAGGCUCCUGGUGGUGAACUGAUGGGCUACAUCAUGGGGAAGGCGGAGGGAUCUGUGGCUCGGGAGGAGUGGCACGGCCACGUCACCGCUCUGUCUGUCGCCCCGGAGUUCAGAAGACUCGGCCUCGCAGCCAAACUCAUGGAGAUGCUGGAGGAAAUCUCAGAGAGGAAGGGCGGUUUCUUCGUGGAUCUCUUCGUGCGAGUCUCCAACCAAGUGGCGGUGAACAUGUACAAACGCCUGGGCUACAGCGUCUACAGGACGGUGAUCGAGUAUUACUCAGCCAGCAACGGAGAACCUGACGAAGACGCUUAUGAUAUGAGGAAAGCUCUGUCCAGAGACACAGAGAAGAAGUCAAUCAUCCCGCUGCCACAUCCCGUCAGACCAGAAGACAUCGAAUAACAGUAGACUGUGGCUCUCUGACGCGCUGCUCUCUUUAUCCUGAGAAUCACGUGUGAAUUAUAUGUAAUUACAGGUCCUGCUCAGUUACAUUGUACAUAGUUAAACUGUCACAUAUGUUGCUUACCAUUUCUUAGCGCUGAGUCACAGUCAGAGAGCCACUGGUUGUACAAAUUUUAAUUUCCUCAACAAUCUAAUACCCAUUCAGUUUUAUUUCCUGUAAAUUCUAAAUGAGCAUUUGCUUAAGAAAUAACAACAAGCGAGUAUUGUAUUUGUAUUGAUGCACGUCUGAUGGCUCCAUUGCAGAGAAAACAUGGUCAUACAAUAAAGACUGCUCGUGA